GGAGACUAUACGAGUCCUCUUCACAUUUUCCCGCCUCUACUCACCUCUCCCCAAAGCACACGAAGAAGUAGACUCCCUCGGCAAACCACCACGCAUCAAUCAAUUGUCAAACGAAUAUGCGUCCAACGGUUGAUGCGCUUCUAAGACGGUGGCAUCGAAUGCUAGGUCUAUCGCGUCAAUCACCACCGUCCUGGUACCGAGACCGACUUCGCGAGGAACUACAGGAACGCCGGACCGCAAAGACAUCCUUGCGGAAGUUCAGCGAGACAUCGGACGUCAUCUUUUCCAUCAGUCGCGCUCGAUACGAUGGGUUUCCCGUCCGGACGUUGCCCCCCUUUGUUGCCUCUCGCGAUGCCCUGUUGUACACGUACAUGCUGGCAAAGUACACCUUGCGCUGGAAAUUCUACCGAACGGCCGCAAUCCUCUGCAACGCUCCUUGCGACAAGGUGCGCGAGGUGAUAAACCCCCGCAAAGACCACAAGCUUGACGAAGUCGCUUCUCGUUAUCAAAUUGACCCAGUGGAAUUUAGGCGGGUUGGUCGCCAACUACGACGAGUAUGGCCUCUUCUCCCGUAGGGAUGUGCUUCAGGAGCAAGCUGUCUAGUGGGUUGGGCCUUGAGUGGGUUAACUCGAGUUGUUCAUUUGGUUGGGGGGGGGGUUCAUUGGGUCGGGUUCGGGAUACGGUAAUGGUAUAUCAUAAAUAAUUGGGUAAUGCAAUCAGAGUUAUCGUAUAAAAUAGUACCGUGACCGU